AAACAUAUACAUUAGCAUAUAUAACAUGCCCCAAGGAAAUAAUGUUUCAAGUAGGUGUAACUUCAAAAUGUGAAGCUGCAAAUGGUAUGUCAAUUCCGUGUGAUGGAUCUCAUAAACUACCAGUAAAAAAGACUUAUAUAGAUUGUACCGAAGGGCAUUUUAAUGGUGGUCAAGAAAUUUUAGAAUGUGAUUUCAGUACUGGUCAAUGGUCACGAAAUCCUGUUCGUUGCUUUUCGCAUUGUGAUGGUGAUCCAAAUGGUAUUGAAUUAUUUGAUGAAAAAACAAAAUUCAAAUGGUAUGCUGAAAUUUUAAAAAGGCCGCCAAUAAAUGGAGAAAUAAAUGUUUUCCCAGGUGUUAUAUUAAGUUCAAGAUUAAUUAUGACUUUAGAAAAAUUUUUUGAUCCAACAAUUCAACGGAAUUUUGUAAAUUAUGUUGUACGAAUAUAUAGACCAGGUUCAUAUCAAGAUUAUACUGUAGAUCGUAUAGAAUAUAAAAAUGAUCCUGUGUACCUGAAUGAUGGAACACCGAAAUUCGAUCGUAUGUGCAUGGUAGUAUUAAGCCAUGAAAACUAUAUUAAAAUAGAUGAAAUAACAAGACCUACAUGCUUAAAUUAUGCAAGAGAAUCGAUUUUUAAUGAAAACAGAUGGUUUAUGGAAGUGAUGAGAGCAAAACCGGAAUACAAGUAGAAUUCAAAAUUUUAUUUAAAAAAAUUGCAAAUCUUUAAUUAUUUUAGCUUGCGUCCUGAAUAUUCAACACAA